AUGGAACAUCAGAAAUUAAGGAGACUACUAAAUGCGAUAGGCAUAGCACUUAUUUCCUUUACCACGCAUUGCAAAGGCAGCUGGAAUGUUUUUGAUGAGAAAUAUCUUCUGUACGACGGUGUAGAUCAGAACAUAGAAAAAAAUGAUUUAGAAGGCCCAAAGGCAGGUGAGCCUAUGCAGGCUGGAACAGAGGUUGAAAGUGUUUCCAACCCCACGCUUAAUAUACCUGGAGUGCUAGAUGAGAGAGAUAUAACGGAAAACGAAGACCUCUAUUUUCAGUCAACUCAGCUCAGUCCGCCUCUGGAUUGGCAUGCAUUUGAAGAACAAAUGAGAACGAGAGAACAGUUUGUGCAGCAGCAGUGCAUAUCACAAUACGGCGAAGAUCUAAAUGCUUCCAGUGAAAGAGAAAACUCACUUGAUGUGACUGAAAAUGGACAUAGAAUAAUGAACGAAGAGGACUUAGAUCUUGAUGACAUUGUGCUAGAGCAGAACACUUAUAACAUAUGGGAUCUAUCAAAAUCAGUAGAAGAGCUUAUAGAUAUGUAUGGAGUGUUUACACAGGCUGAACAAGACUCUAGUGUAGCUGGUAUCUUUUCUUCUCCCAUUGAGGAAAAUAAUAGUAGUAGCCCAAGAAUAGGAGAAAAAAGAAAAGCAGAUUCUUUUAUUUUUCACCCUGCGCCAGAGAGAAAGAAAGAAGAAGCUCAAAAGAAUCAGCCGCAAAUGUUUAAGGAAAGAGCUUUGUCACCGAAGAAAAAGAAUAUUAGGAUAGAGCAUCUUGACAUAGAAUUGUGGAGUGAUGUACGAUUGACCAACAAAAGAAGAGAAAGCCGCAACUUGCAUCACGAAACAGUAUACAGUCUUAGCAGUGACAACUUUGAUGAGUAUAUAAAUUCUGAAACAACAAAAUACCUCUACCAGGAAAGCAUUAGAGAGUAUAUAAAAAUAUUUUCCGAAGAUGUUACCCACCAAAUAGACCAGAAUGCAGUGUGGUACUUUAUUGCGUGCAGAAGCACAAAUGUAAUCACAAAAAACAGAGAUCUUUUGUGGUUGGACAGACUGAUUAAGGAAGAGAAUGAAGAUGAGCACAAGAAGAUGGUAGAGAAAUUUGAUGGAUACUAUCCCCAUGUGUUUGAAGACAUGCUAGCAUAUGUAGAAAAGUACAAGCCGCUGAGGGUAAUCUAUAGAUGCCCUCCAACUGAGUGGAAUGAAACCUUGGGCGAUAUUUAUAUGCGAAAAGACCUAGAUUUAAACUGCUGGAUGGUGGUAGGCCAGGAUAAAAUAAGCCAGGUAGACAGUGAGUAUUCUGCCUUAUCCUAUGCAAUGCGCAUGAUUCUAGCACUGCCUGAAGUACACCAAGACUUUUCCAAUAUUAACACAAAUCUUAUAAAAGCUACUCAAAUAUACGAUGAUGCAUCUAGAAACGAGCAAACUAGAGAAGUUCUAUUGGAUAUACAUAAGCUAGCAGAGGAAGUUACGUGCAAUGAUGAAAAAAUAGAGAAUAUGUGUGAAAAUAUUUAUAGCGCUAUUGAGAGUAUAUACAACAAAAAUAAAAAGCAAGAGUUAUCAGUACCUGAGCUAUACAAGAAUAUAUACACAAUUCUUGCAGAUUUCUACGAGAAGGUGGCAGUUAUUGAUGAAAAUAAAUAUAUCUUAGUAGGCAAAUAUGCUAUAAAGCAUCAAAGAUAUGCCAGAUGUAAGACAAUCAUAGUAUUAAAUAAAAAAGAUUCUUCUAUACAGAUCUAUGGUUUUACAUAUUCAUUUGAGAUAAAUACAUGGAGUAUUUUGCCUGUCAUAAAAUCACACUACCACGUGUACUAUGUGGACAACACAGAAAAAUGGCCCAGAAGGCUGUGCAUGCCUAUGUAUAAAAACAAUGAUAAUGAUAAAGGAUAUUAUCUGCACACAAUCGACGACAUAGUAAACCAUGUGAAGGAGCUAUUUAGAAUACAGAAAGACACUGUACAUCCUUUCAAAGUAAGAAAGGACACUAAAGAGUGGUCGUACAUCAAGAAAGAUGAACGAAAAAUAACGGUGAAAGAGCUGCCGAAAUAUCAGGUAGUGUUCUACCGCAUUGACGAAGACCUUGCCACAACAGAGUUUAAGUUUGCAGAGUUUGAGCCCUUGGUGCCGCACAUAGAGAAGAGCAUCACUCUGCCGUUGUUUCUUACGCGCCAGAUGCUGGAUGCUGAGGACUUGGGCCCUUUUGUCAAGGAAGGUGUCCAUGCAGAGUUAAAUCUGCUGAAUCUAAAAUCAGCCAUGACCCCCAAUCAGUACAAGUUUAACAAAAAGUAUGAAAAAGAAGAGUACUCAAAUGUGCACGGAUACUACAGAAACCUAUAUAUACCGCCAGAUGACGAAAAGAGGAAGACUGCUGACUGCUACAUCAUGAACUAUCAGAGUGCUAGUAGAGGAAGCACUAUUGAAGUCGAGUGGUAUGUGAAUAUGAUGGAAAAUGAAAGUGCCUAUAUGCACUGCCAAGUGAAUGAAAAGUUUAAAGAAAAAAAGAACUCAGAGAAACUCAAUAAUUUUGUUAGUAUACUAGAGUCAAGAGAGCACAACAAAGACAGUGAGCUGCAAGGUAUUUGGCUGAAAAAUAGUAAUGUAACAGAUGAUGGGUUAGAAAAGAUACAUAUGUGGCGAAUAAAUGACCAAGAGGAAAAGAAAUCGAAGAAGAGCAAAGAAAAAAUCGAAGAAAAGCUAAGAAAAGCAGAAGAGAGGUACGGAAAAGCAGAUGAAAGAUUUAACAAUGCGAAUAAUGAACUAAAAAAAUUAAAAGAGAUAAAAGAAUUAGGAAAACAAGAAGAAUUAGAAAGAAGAAUAUUGGAAAUAAAGAGAGAAAAGUCUGCGGCAAAUAGUGGAAAAUCUAGAGCAAGAAUCUGUCUAAAAUCCUUGCAAAAAGAAAUAUACGAAGAAUUUUCUGAAAAGCCGGAUGGCCAGCUAGAGUUCAUAGUAUUCCACAAUGUAAAUAAAAGUAAGUCCAAUCUAGGAGCACAUAACGAGAUACUUGACGUUUUAAUAUCAGGUUAUGAGCCGAAAAGGAAUUAUUCCAAAAAUAAAUAG